UGCCUCAGAUUUCGAUGCACUGAAAGUAUAAAAGGUCAGAAGACACGCCUGGAGGACCACUACAGUCAAAGUGUUUGUCAUCUGUACAAAGCAAAAGGCCUACCAGAGCUCAAAAUGGCAUUCGCAGGAAUUCUGAAGGAUGCGGAAGUUGCUGCAGCCCUGGAAGCCUGCAAAUCCGCCGGCUCAUUUGACCAUACAAAGUUUUUCAAAUCCUGCGGUCUGGCCGGAAAGUCCUCCGAUGACGUCAAGAAGGCCUUCGGCAUCAUUGACCAGGACCAGAGCGACUUCAUUGAGGAGGAGGAGCUGAAGCUGUUCCUGCAGAACUUCAGCGCAAGUGCACGCGCGCUGAGCGAUGCUGAGACAAAGGCUUUCCUGAAGGCCGGAGACUCCGACGGGGACGGCAAGAUAGGAGUUGAUGAGUUUGCUGCCAUGGUGAAGGCAUAAACAGACUGACCAACACCUGCUCUGAUGAAACAACAAGGCCACGGAGACCUCCCCCCUCUUCAUCUGAAUAUACAUAAUUUUUAUACACUCGCUUGUGAGACAUUUCCUCCUAUGCAACAAACUGUCCAGAAGAAGAAGAAGAAAAA